UCUUGACAUAGGAAAACAUCAACAUGGUAGGUCUGUACUGCUGCAUUGUAAACUGCACUAGCAAGACACACGAUCGAUCAGUAAAAAGAAAAAACUAUGGGAUUCGUUUUUUCAAGUUUCCAACGUGUAAACGGCGGGAAGGGGAGCAUGUUGAAGAUGUAACGAGAAGACGUCGCGUGGCGUGGAUAGCGGCAGCAAGACGAAAAGACAUCACUUAUCACAACAUCCCUGUGUCAAUGAGAGUGUGCUCUUUGCACUUUCAUUCAGGACAACCAGCAUAUGAAAUGUUUGAAACUCAUCCUGACUGGGCACCGUCUUUGCUUUUGGGGCACAGCGAAGUGAAAACUAUAGACAAAGAUAGUUUUAGACGUCAAUUAAAGAGACAUGAAAGGAUCACGACAGGAGAGAAAGUGGAGGACAACAUUAAAUAUGAAGCAGAUGAGAUGGCACAAGAACACAAAGUGAUAUACAAUGAGGAAACUGAGAAGGUAAUGCAGCAGGAAGUGAAGGAGGAAUGGGCACAACAGGACAUAAAAGAGGAGGAACAGGAAGUAAUGGAGGAGAAACGGGUACCACGGGAUGUAAAGGAGGAGAAACGGGCACCACAGGAAAGUGACAUUGCACAAAAUCCUGAUAACCACAGUACACAAGAAUGUGAUCUUUGCAUGUGCAGGCAAAAUGAAAUAAACCGUCUACUAGAGGAAAACAGGCAGCUAAAGCAUAAACUUGAUACAUUCAAAAUGGCAGAGGAGUUUUUUAAGGAUGAUGAUGAUGAAAAAGUAAAAUAUUACACUGGAAUUCCAGGCUUUGCCAUUUUUCAGGUUUUGUUGUCCCAUGUAAUACAGUUUCUGCCUGGCAAGGAUAAAAGACAGUUGACAUGUUUUCAGAUGCUCCUUCUUACCUUCAUGCGUCUGAGAUUGGAUCUGCCCAUCCAGCACAUCGCUCAUCUUUUCAAUGUGGACCGAUCAACUGUUAGUACUGCAUUUAAGCAAACUGUGAGUGUUUUGUACUCCCGCUUGUCUCCACUGGUGCACUGGCCAGACAGAGAGAGUCUGCAAGUCAGUAUGCCACAUCAGUUCGUGGAGAUAUUUGGAAAUCAUUUUGCUGCCAUUGUGGACUGCUUUGAAGUUUCUAUAGAAAGACCAUCAUAUCUUCAAGCAAGGGCACAAACGUUUUUAAACCAUGAGCACACACUAAAGUACCUCAUAUGCAUUAUUCCACAAGGAGUCAUUUCCUUCAUCUCCAAAGGGUUUGGUGGGCGCACUAGUGACAAACAAAUAACUGAGAACUGUGGUUUUCUAGAUAAACUACUGCCAGGGGACAUAGUGUUAGCGGAUAAAGGGUUUGACAUUAAAGAGAGUGUGGGAUUGAUGUGUGCUGAAGUGAAAAUAUCAGCAUUUACAAAGGGGCAACGUCAGCUGGAAGCAAAGGAUGUGAAGGACAUGACAAGCAUUGCACACCUCAGAAUUCACCUGGAGAGAGUCAUCGGUGUUGUACGCAACAAAUACAAAAUCCUUUCUACAACUAUUCCUAUCAGUAUGGUGCUGCCAUGUGAGCUUGAGAAUGUAACAUUUUUAGACAAAAUAGUUACAGUUUGCUGUGCUCUGGUAAACAUGUGUCCAAGUGUUGUACAAUGAUUACUUGAAACAUACACUGCUGACCUGUGAAUUAAUUUUUGUGCAGUUUUACAAUAAUAAACAAGUAUUUUUAAUGAACAGAUUUCUUAAAUACUCAUCUAAAAUGAUUGGUUAGGUCAGGUGUGUGCAAACCUUUUGACUCAGGACCACAUCAAGUUUUCCAUCCAACUGAAGGGCCGCAUGCUAUGUGCAUAACAGAUUCAGGCUUUUUUUAUGAUUUCAAAUUGACAUUCAAUUUCUACUGUACCGUACAUAUACAUGGUCAUACAGUUUAAAUACAGUUUUCUUCAUCUUGGCCUUGUACAUAUUACUGGAUAAAUACAAAUGUAAAAAACAGAUGUGUAAUAUUUAAUUUUUAAAAUCUGUUGAAAUAUUUGGCAUAAUAACAAACAAUUCUUAUUUCA